CGCCCCUCACGUGACCAGGAGCCUAUGUCUGCCCAAGUCCCUCUCAUCCCAGUCCUUUUUGCCUGUCCAGACACCGUCUUUCUAUUACCCUUUGGUCGAGAAGGAAAGCAGAAAAUAAAUUGCUUGAAGAAGAAAAUUCUCAGCAUGGAAAACUCAUGCAAAGAAAAUGAAGUACAAGCACAGAGCACCCCAAAGACUGACAAAGAGCAGCCUCCGGUGGAGCAGUCUCCUGAAAAUCAGUGUUCUGAGGAGGAGCAGUCCUCAGAGGAUCUGUCCUCAGAGGAGCAGUCCUCAGAGGAGGAGUUCUUUCCUGAAGAGCUUCUGCCUGAGCUGCUGCCAGAGAUGCUGCUGUCGGAAGAUCGUCCUCCCCAGGAGUGCCUCUCACGGAAGAACCUGUUUGAGGACCGCCCUCCCAUGGAGCAACCUCCCUGUGGGGUGGGCAAACACAAGCUAGAGGAGGGAAGUUUCAAAGAAAGGCUGGCCCGUUCCCGCCCUCAAUUUAGAGGAGACAUCCAUGGCAGAAAUUUAAGUAAUGAAGAAAUGAUACAGGCAGCGGAUGAGUUGGAGGAGAUGAAGAGAGUACGAAAUAAACUGAUGAUAAUGCAUUGGAAGGCAAAACGGAGCCGCCCUUACCCCAUUUAAUGUGUUCCAGCUUCCUUUGUUUUGCUUGAUAAUAGCAUUGCUACCUGGACUCUCUGUUUGCAUCUUCUUACAUGCCUCUUCCCUUCUGAGUUGUAAUUUUUUUGUGCAAUUUUAUUUCAGGUGUUUGACUUGUAACUGGCACAAGAUUGCUUUUAUUAUUUUUUCUUUAACCUCUUAAAAUCUGAGUCCAAUCCAUUUGCAUGUAAAGAUAUACAUUAUAUAUGUGAAGUGAUAAAAGCAAAAGGUAUAUACAUAGCAUCCCAUUUUUGUAAAAGGAAAACACAUUUAUAUAUUAAUAUGCAAAGAAAAGCUAAAAACUAUAUACUUAAAGGCUAACAUUGGUUAUCUGCGUGGUAAAGAUAAUAGGUGAUUUUUAUAUUUUUUAAAUUUUGCUUUAUCUAAAGUCUCACUUUUCAUGAUGAAUACAUUUUAUUUAUGUUGCAUAACAAACAAUAUAAUAAAAAUGUGAAGCAAUUCUAAAAAACAAAACUUGGUAAUUAGCUUAUAAAGACAAUGUGAUCCUUAAUAAAUAAUUAUCAGAACUUAAAAGUUAA